AUGUAUUUACAGAUAGACGACUUCAUAGACGCAUUGAACAAUUUGUGUGGUUGGCCCGUGUUGCUCCUGAGCUUCAACUUAGUUGUGGACAUACUCUGCUGCCUAAUAGAAGCUGUCACCUGGCAAGGGCAAGAGGAUGUUCUGAGUUCUGACAUUGCCCUCAGCAUCUGGUUUCUGGUUCAGUCAGUGAUCUGGUUAACGGCUAUAAUUUUCUGCUGCGAUUCGGUCGUGAGGGAGACAGACGAGUUGCUGACGAACUGCUACAGGCUGGAACAGACUCUGCCCCUGCUUUCCAAAGAGUUGGAGGAGUUGGACAGCUUGAAGAAGCUAAUCAAGAAUAAGAGACCAAAACUGACGGCUGCUGGUUUCUUCGAAAUAAGAAGAUCCACUUUGCUCUCUCUCCUGAGCACCACAACCACCUAUUUCAUUGUGGCUUUACAAUUCAAUUCCCUGUAA